GCUAUUGAGGUUUCUAUGCCCGAUGAAAAAUUAACGGCGGCCCUAGUGAAAAAUGGGAGGCCAAUACGUUUCCUGAUGAAAACAAAACAAUAUGUAAAAGCGAUUCACGCGUAGCAUCAGGCGACUAUCACCGGCAUGGAACGGUCACGGAACAACAACAUUAAUUGUAAGCAAUUCAUAUGGAGGGGCACUACGUCAAGUUCACGGAACAUAUUAACGUCGGGUACGUGUGCAAUAUUCGGCUAAAAAAAUUAAUAAAUUAAUCUUUACGUCGACGAAAGUUGAAUGAUCGUCUGAAUCGUGUUCAAGGCAUGCGUUUCCUGAUGAAAACAAACCAAUCUCGUUUGCAUUUGUGAUUGUAAGUGAGCUGUCAGAAAGCCUAAUAGGAGCGGGUUGGUUUUUUGGCUUAAUCACAGAUUUUUGAAAAGAUAACCUGGCAUCCUUGGUGUGUAUAUGCAACAGAGAAGCCAGAUCUGCAGAUUUGUCUGUAAAUCGGCAGAUUUCGUACAUAGUGCUGCAGAUAUUUUUUUGUACAGACUCUAGUAGACUUUUGAAAAUCGAGGUUUUCGCAGACUUUCAUCAAAAUUUACAGAUUUUUAUAGAGAAAUGCCUGCCAGCAAGACAUACUUGCAAAUUUUUUUUCGGAUAUACAGACAUUUGCAACCCUGUCUAAAGAUUUUUAAAAUUUUUACCUGGCAUCUCUGAUAUGCAAUUAGAAAUUAUUGUUUUGAAAUUUAGUGAUACUGGUUAUACUAAACGCCGAAGUUGCUACCAACAUUGAAUUUUAAGUAGGUUCAUUGAUCCGAAAAAGGAAUGGCCAUUGAAUACGAUAGCACACACUUGUUGGAGCAGUUCGAAAAUAUUUGUCGGUUCUGUUUGUCACAGAACAAUUGUAUCCGGAUACUUGAGAACGGAAGAAUUCAUGAUGUUUUGUCGAAAGCUACAGAUAUAAUCAUUUCAAAGGUGGACGAAAACGAUGGUUUGCCUAACAAUAUAUGUCAACUAUGUUUGAAGAGCGUAGUUGACUUCGCUGAAUUUGAAUCCCGCUGCUUAACGACAUACGAUAUAUUGCAACAAGUUAUGGAACUGCGAGCAGAUGAUAACAAUGAUGAGAAUGUAAUAGAGGAAGCUUCGAUAUCUGAUAAUAUGACUAUGGAAAACCAGGCAAUUGACUGCAAUAUUCAAAGCAAAGAUUUCGCUGAGAACAGCACAAAACACAGUAAAAUUGACGAUUUUAGCGUAUGUAAUGAACUAUUCAUUAACAUAGGCAAAAUCGAGUCUACUCAGGAAACACUUCGAAAGGGAAAAUGUUGUCCCAUAUGUGGAAAGUUUGUGUCACAGUUGAGCAAACAUCUACCAACUCAUUCUGAUGUGAAACGCUACACUUGUGCGCAUUGUUCCAAACAAUUCACUCAUGAUACGACUCUUAGAAAGCAUAUUCGUUCAAUUCAUCUCAAAAUAAAGUUAUAUAACUGCGAGCAUUGUUCGGAAUCUUUUACUGAUCGCAGUUCGCAACGUUAUCAUGUGUUAGCAAAACAUAAAGCAACCAGAAAUUACAUUUGUACACUAUGCAAUAAAUCUUAUUAUACUUCGACGGGACUACAUCAACACAACAGUCUAAAUCAUGAACAGCGUAAAUUUAAGUGUGAUUUAUGUGGAAAAAUGUUUGCUAUGAAAUAUCACUUAAAAGAGCACGAACAAACACAUUCAGAUGCGAGACCUUACAGAUGCACACUCUGCGAAAGAUCGUUCAAACGAGUGAAAAAUUUGAAUGAGCAUAUGUCUAUACAUACGAGUAAAUAACGCUUUAUUGAUUGAAAUUGUAAAAUUAUUGGAAAAUAAUUUAAUCACAGAAGCUCGAGAUCCAAAAAUCUGUGUAAAAUGUUCAUUACGUCUUGAGUAACAAAAGUAAACACCGAGUUUUUCAUUGCA